AUGAAGCCAUUACACACGCGCAAAAGAAAGGACUCCCCGGCGGAUCCUGCGGACGAUGGCGCUCCCUUAGGCAAUCCUUCCUCCCUUCCAGAGAGACGCGCAAAGAGGCGAGCUCGAGAGUGGAUAGGCGGGUUCGCCGUAAACGAAAAGAAACAGCAUCGCGAUGCGGCGCCCUCCGAGCCAGGCUUGACGGCACACAGCCCUACGGCGGGACAAACGCGCAGCCACUUCAACGAGAAGGCGAGUUCAAACAGCCUUGUGGCUCAGCCUCGGCAGACGUCUGCGGUGGCGGUGCGCGGCGUGCCAGCGGUCCAUGCAGAUCGCGCAGAAGCUCUCGAUUUCGCCACGACUUCGCAGUCUGGCAAAAGAAGCGGCAGCGGAGGAAACCGAGCUCAGCUGCCGCGCGUGGAGUACAGCUCGCAUGUAGCGCUCCAAAAUGGCCAGUUCGAACGCCCGGUGGUGACGGUGGACGAUUUGAAGGAACUAAAUGAUCCCGUGGCGCUGGCCGUGAUGCUAGGCGCGAAAGCGGGGCCCCUGGUGUCAUAUGCACCCGACGUUCGCGUGUCUCUCGGAGAGGGCGGCCGGGAGCUUUUGCGGGCUUGCCUGCUGCUGAAGCAAGAUGGCAAUACUCUGAGCAGCCUUCAAGGCGCCAGCGUGCAGACCCUGCUGUAUCUCGCUCAUCAGGCAGGUCUGUGGUUCGUCGUUCAACGGAUUGUGGCGGAGCGCACAGCUGGUAUUUUUUCGCCUUUGCACCUCGCCUUUAAUCAAUUCAAAGCACUCCAGACGAGGCUUCGAAAAGAACUACAUACAGAGAGCAUGCUGAUCACGAGGGCUCCAGAUGGAUCCGUAGAACACGUGGUUUACGAGCCAAACAAGUCACUCCAGAUUGGCAAGGAAGGACGAAGUAUUUUAAAAGCGAGACUCUGUCGUUACAUCGGACAUCAUCAGGAAGAAGUGGCUGCGAGACUGGAAGCAUACGGUCUCGGAUCACUUGCUCUGAAGCACGCCACGGUGCCUCAGCUCCUCGCGAUUGCGUGGGUCCUAAACCAGUGGGAUCUCGUCGUGCAAGUUGUGCGCCGCCACGAUGAUAAGAGGAGGCUGCGGAAGCUCGCACCGAAAUCGGCAGCCUCGCAGGAAGCAGAUACAGAGCCCCUCACGCAUCCUCACGCGCCGGCGGCCACCGACAAGGAUAACCCUGCUGAUCCCUCGCCGCAUCCUGGCGUGGCCUUGCAGACACACACUGAUUUCUCCGGAGUUUUUCCUCCCGAACACGGGCAAAAUCUGGCCAUGCUUGGCCACCUGCCUACAAACGGGCUCUCGCCGAACCCCUACAUUCCCGGCGCCGUACAGACUCUAACCGUGGGAGCUCCCCGACCUGAAAAUGUGUCUGUCGACCGCUUGCUGCGCAUUGUUCAGUCAGUCGACGAUCCGUCGUGCAAAGAUGCUCCAGAAGUCGCGCGGCAAUUGCUCACAGAGCUCAUGCGGUGCGUUAGGCUCGGCCUCGUUUCUAUGCCUCCCCUACCCAUCUAUCAGAAGCUCACAGCGGCCGCUCGCUCUCUCGGGGUCCCCAGUGACGUGGUUGACCCAGGGUAG